AUGACCAAAAAAGCAAGUGAUUCCCCAAUAUCACCUCUUACUAUUUCAGGAAUUCGCAGUGUAACAAGAAAAACACUGAUUACUGAGUGUUUAUUUGUAGGUGGGACUUUCCUUCUUCCGUAUGCUGUUUAUUCAAAGAAAGAACUUUUAAGUAAAAGACUAUUUGUACAUGCUGCGUGCGCUACUAGAUUUGCUCCUCAAGGAUCUGUUGUUAGUGAGACUAAGUCACAUGCUCUAUUCCUGACCAUUCACUUGGAUCCCCAGGCAUCACCGCAAGAAUGUUUGAAGUCUAUCGGACAAAUCAAGAAAUAUGUUGAUGCAAUUUGUCCACCUGACUCACGAAGUGAAGAAGAUGAGAUUCUAUACGGUGUUGGCUUUGGAUUUGAAUUUCUACAAAAAAUUAACCCUAAUUAUCAGUCUAGAGGAAUUAAUAAUUACGAAUACCGUGAACGGUCAGGAAGCCUUGGUAAAUUACCUAAAACAGAUGGAGAUAUAUUUAUUCAUGCUAAAUGUCAUGAAUAUGGUAAAUUGUUUGAAUUGACACAAGCUAUUAUCAAUAAUUUACCAAAUGGAUCUGUAAUCAAAUUUGAAGAUAUCUACGGAUGGGUUUAUCGUAAUGGACGAGAUUUGAGUGGUUUCAUUGAUGGCACAGAGAAUCCGGCAGAUCCUGAUGAACGAGCUGAAGUGGCGAUCAAUACAAAGACUGGUGGAAGUUACGCUGUUGUUCAAAAAUGGGUUCACAAUAUGGAUAUGAUUCGGACAACAAAAGAUCACACCAAAGAAGGAUGGAUUGGUCGAACAUUGAAAGAUAGUAUCGAGUUGAAGAACAAACCUAUUACGUCUCAUGUCGCCAGAAUGGUUGGAUGUAAGUAACAUUAUUUCUCUCUCAAUUCGUUUAUCUCUCAGGAAAUAAUUAUAUUCAUUUACUUUAUUCCUCUCACGCGGCCUCGCAUAUACAUCCACUACCAGGGCAUUCCUACUAACUGCUUUCUUGUGACGGGGCUGUUGUUUACGUGAUUGACAGCACGAAAAGCGAAUGCCGGCGCUUCAACCGGGUUGGUGGACACGAAGAGUCCACCUUGGGGAUUUGGAGAACGCUGAUUCUAAACCAAUGGUGCACGUAGGCCCCAGUAUCCUGAGGGUACAAAUUUCGUAUGAACCAAUUGUUGGUCACAGGGCACUGUGGGAAUUCAUCUCUUGACGUUGCUCUACUGCCUUGUGGAUCAGACCUUUAUGUCGAAGUCUCCGGGUGUCCCCUCCUGAGAAAACCACAUGCUUCGGUUUGAGCAUCCGUAGAGUAUCAUGGCCCAAACUCAAAUCAAGUGACUUGUGUGGCGCAUAUGUAUUCGAUGCACCUUUGUACCAAUAUUUAUGUGUUCGAUUGAAUAAAUAAAUAACAAAUUGAAGGAAAUUAUUCAAAGAUUUAUUUAUUUUUCAACAGAUUCCAGACUGUAGUUUUCAGUAAUUUUGCAACUUCAGUUCCAUCUGCUUGUAUGUCUUUCUGUUGGCGUUAUAUCCCCCAAGGUAGACGGCUCAAUUGUAAACAUUUCGUUACUAUUGUGAACACUUUCUUGAGCAUCCAAUUCAUGUAAAUGCAGGCGAAAUCAAAUUCUGUAGCUCCACGAACACUAUACCAUCACAACUAUUCAUCUGAACUUCAAAUCUUUCCCAUCAAUUACUAUCAUAUUCGAAGUGUGUUUCUGUACUUUUACUUCAGCAGGGUGUAUUUCAUAUUUUAUAUUUUUUAAACUUAAUAAUAUAGUCUUUGGUGUUUGUUUUUUCCUACAACAAUUAGCUGCAGAUUAUGAUGCUCCAUCAAAGUACCAAAUAGUUCGACAAUCUCAACCAUACGGAACUUUAUCCGGCGAUGCUGGUCUACUAUUUAUUGCAUAUGCAGCUGACACAAAAAAUUUCGAUUUCAUGUUGGAUCGAAUGACUGGAGAUAGUGAAGAUCGAAAAAAUGAUGAUGUAAUGCGUUUUACCAAAUGUGUCACUGGGAAUUACUGGUAUUUUCCUAGUGUACCAGAAUUUGAUCGUUUAGUUGGCGGUGGUCUAUGGGGAUUUUGGCGACAAUAAAAUCUAAUAUCUUAUUUUAUUUUAUUUGUAAUGAGUGAACAUAUUUAAAUGAAAUAUAUAACCUAAUUUCC